ACAUCCCACGAAGACAAUAAAUACAGUUUUCGUUCGACAAGAAUAUCCUCGUAACCUAAAUACUUCCCUAGAAUACUAUUAGCUAAACUCUAAACUACUUGGAUAACUUAAAAGUUCUAGCUUUGAAAACUUUUUUUUUGAAACCUUGGUAGAACCAAAAAAAACUGGAAAAAGAAAAGAUUUUGUCUGUGGUAAAUAAAUAAUAACGCUUGGAUUAGAUCACUUAUUUUAACAUAGUAAUCAUGUGGCGUAAAUAUAGAUACAAAAACUAGAAAAUAAUUAUAAGCAAAUAAUGGAUUAAUUAAUUAAUUGUUAAAUAAUUAAUUCUUCAAAUCUAUUAUACUAUGAAUUUCAUCUCUAGUUAUUUCAGUUUUAAUAAAUGUUUUUCAUCUGAUUUUAAAUAAUGAAAGUGUUUUACUAAACGUCAGAUUGCACCUAAAACCACUUGGUGUUACUAAGGUUAGAAAUAAAUACAAGUAGCAGCCCUCGUAUUACCAUCACUCCAAGAAUCAGUACGUCGGCUCCAUCUGUGGUUUAAAGAUUAAGCUAAAGCGAACAUGCGCUCCUUUCUACAAAACCAGAGCAAGACGUGUAGGCAACCAAAUAAACACCACGUUAAUAGUUCCGUGGUUUACAAAUCGAUGAAAAAGUGGUACAUUAUUAUUCUAUGGAAAAAGUUUCCAUCAAGGUUUUAAAAAUUAUUUUUCAUUUGAUAACACACUUUAAAUUUAUUUAGCAAUUUUGCCGUAGCGUAUAUUCGCGCAAUCCCAUGGAUUUAUCAGUUUUCAAAGCGUAAUCGCUCAUCCAAUAUUGACGAAUAUGUAGGUUAUGCCAUUGGGUUUGUUGACGUUCGCCAAUGUAAUUUACAACACCUUUAUCGGCGUAAUUAACGGUAAAACCAACCGCAAACAUGUUGAUAAAGGCUUCCCGUUAACGUCAGCCAUGAAAAUUGACAUAGAAGAAUACGCACAAAACUCGGGUUCGAAAACAAAGUGCUUCAGCCUGGGCAGCUCAUUGUACUUCCUAUCCGUCGGCAGGAUUCUGGCCAUAUUGUCCACCGCCCUGGUUAUAAUUUGUACGCUUCUCCUCUUCAAGACUUACAUCAAACUUGUGCUUCUGUGGCUAGAAAAGCAAGACGACUGGAUUAUCGCCGCUACCAUAUGUAUACUGUUUAUCUUGGUGUCUCUUCCAAUAAGUGUGGGCUACAUCGUUCUGGUCCUGACCUCGGGCUACCUCUUUGGAGUGCCUCGCGCUUUAGUUUUAGUAGUAUGUGGGGCAAAUUUUGGCCUCCUGGUGGCCCACAACAUCCUGCGGAUGGUGAGCCACCAUCCGGGCAUCUACAGAUUCACCCGCAACGAAACCGCCUCAGCCAUCAUGCAAGUUAUAUCCGGUCCGCUGUGUUUCAAAAUCGUAUUGUGCUCCAGACUCACUCCAAUCCCUUUCGGAUUGCAAAAUACAAUUUUUGCUUUAAGCAAUGUUAGUGCCAAAGUCUACCACAUAGCCUCAUUCCUAGGGCUGCUUCCAGCGCAGUUCGUCGCGGUUUACGUCGGUUCCACCCUACGGUCCAUGCAGGACGUUUUGGAGAACAAUCACAUAUCGUCGACGACUUACUUUUUCGUGUGCGUCCAGCUGUUGUUGGGCGCGUCUUUGAUGUUUUGGAUAGGUACCAAAGCGAGAUACGAGCUUCUGAAAGUCAUAGCACAGGCGGAAAGUUCUUCCGCGAUGGCGACUUCCUUUUCUAUGGUGUGAUAUUGGCGUCGUUUUAGAUAUCACACACUUAUCAGUGGACUGUUAUAGAUAAGCUUUUCUGGGGGAAAUCUAUCAGUUCGCAUUUACUGUUUGCAUUUUGUUUAUCGAUAAUAAUAAAAAGAAAAUGCGGGCCCGAGAAUUAAUGAAUCAUAUGUUUUUAUAAGAUAAAGGUUUGGUUGCGCCCAUGACAUUAACUAAAUAUCAAUUAUGAAAUGGUUUGCUUGGGAGGAAAAUGCGAUAGAGGGUGUUUGGAAAUAACGUUAGAAUAAUUUAAAAAUAAAUAAACACUUUCCAUAUCAAUUGGGGUCCGAAAAUGCAUACUUUUUUGUUUGAAUUUGGUAGUGUUGUUUAUUGUUAUAAAUUAAUUAAAUUAAAAUUAUUUAGUAUAGUUGCGUCCCGGCUGACACCCAAUGCAUUAUUUUCGACAAAAAAACAAGUUUAGUUUUCGUUAGUUGGUUAGUUUGAUUUACCUCUUAAAUUUUUUUCGUAUUUUGCUUCUGUUUCGAGAUUUUUUAAAAGUUCCUGUAUCGACCCAUAUUCUUAUUUUUUCAUGUGAAAAUCGCCACUUAGAUUGUUCGAACAUUAUUUCCGGAUACCCUGUAUAAUUUAGUUUUUUGCCAAAGACACCACCAAAAUAUCGACGUUCUGGGAAUAUCUAAUCGAAACUAGUACUGGUGUGACGUCAUAAUUUGUGCUUGGUUUUGCGUCUAAACACAAUGCUCGCUUUUCAUUUCGCGUUGAUUUUCGUCUACAUAAGAAUUAUUUUACUGUGUCAUCGAAUAAUGUGUCUCUAAAAGUAGAAGCUUCUGGCUUAAUUUCCAAGUCUUUGUUUUGAUUUUUACCACAACAGGAACUGUUUUUUCAUUAGAGGCUUAAACUCAAACUUUUUUCCUUCAUUGUGUCCAAAAAUAGUUCCAUUUUCUUUUUUGUAUUUUUAAAAUUUGUUUUGAUACAGCGGUUAACCUAACCCCAAAUUUUGACGUCGGCACUAAAUGACGCCUGUAUUGCGAAGGGACUUUUUGCACCUGUUAUUUUGACGUUUAUCCCUUAUUUAAAGCCUGCGCAAUUGAUGGGAAAAAACGAUUUCCCCUGUCGUUUCGCCUUACUAGAGGUUCGAGCUUAAGGAAAUAUUUCCAAGAUAUUUCCCCUUAUUUCCUCAAAUAUUUCGCCUGUAUCUCCCUCUAUUUCCAUUGCUUUCUCUCUUUCGAAAACUCGAUGGGGUCAAAAAUCGAAAUCGAAAUUUCGACAUUCGGUCAAAGGUACCACGGGUCAUUAACGGCAAAGGUAGACCCAUAGAUUUAAAUCAAACUUCUAUUUUUUAUUUGUUUUUAUUGUGACCAACACAACACAAAAAGUACGCAACUCUUUAAAAAAUUAAGGCAAAUAACAUAAUAAUAUACACUUUUUGCUUCUGCAUUUUCCUUGUAUAGUUUGAACAAAAAUACUAAUUUUCCCCCUUUUUCUAUUCCCGUCCUGUUCCUUAUAUCUGAGUAUACAAAACCAAAAGUGCUGAAAGUUCGUUCUAUCGACGCUGAGGAAACAGUUACACACAGAAACUGUUUCAUUAUUGGUAUGUAUUCGCAAUUUCUGACUCAUCGUUUUGUGAUGUCCACCACUGUAUUCGAUUUACGUUUUUUUAUUUCAUAUAUUUUUUUUAAUGGGCUACUGUGCGCAUUUAACUUCACAGAUUCUUUUCUUAGGGUCUUAACUAAUACUUUUGUUUUUGAGGGUUCAACAUAUAGGCUAGAACAUGAUAUAGCGCGAGUGCCUACUAAUAUCGAUCCUGAAUUUUUUGUAUUAAUUAAUUAAUUAAUUUUUUAAGUAUUAAUAAUAUUGAAAAAACUCUUAUAAUACCGUACAAAAUUAUUAAUUAAAAAUAAAAAACAUUAUUGAAAUACAAGAAAAUAAACAAAAUAUUUACAUGCUUCCGCUAAAUUGCCACUAAAACUCAAACUAACAUUUUCAUUCUUCCAAAUCGACGUAAUAUCGGUUCUUUAGUCUUCAUCAGACCAGCUGGAAUAAAGAAAAACGUUUUUAGAAUGUUAAUAAAAAAAAUAUCAGUGACGUACUCUCUUAAAUUUCCAAUGUUUCAGUGCAGGUGUUACAGACAAAUCCCUGUCCAGAAUGUUGCUUGCAAACGGGUUUUUCACAUUUUGAACACGUCAUUGGAGAUUUUCUAUCUUUUGCUCGUGGACAUAGAGACUUUUUUUAUUGUUUUUUUAUUUUUGUGGGGAUAUAUUUUGACUUAUGUGGGUUUAAUAACACACACUGAAGCGUUUCAUUUUAAGAAGGAUGUAUUAAAUAUUGGAAUUUAUAAGAAAACUAACAAAAUUCAUUGUACACUUGGUCCGUGGUCCGCCAUUCCACCGCGUUCUUCUCUAGUCACGUAGGCCAAAAAGAUUAUUUGACAAUAACUGCGUUCUGCACUAAUACAUUCAACACACCCCCUCAAUUUAAAUGCAUCAACAAACUGCAAUCAAAUGCACUUAAAUUGUCCAAUAACAUACAAUUUCCUUAAGUGUUACUUUUGCUUAUCACCAUUGAUCUAAAUUUAACAAAUUUUUCUUUUCCUAAAGAUUUCGUGAACAUAUCAGCACAGUUUUCUACUAAAGAUACAUAUUUAAGUAACAAAACCCCUUUUAAAUGUAGAUCUUUGAUGAAAUGGUACUUUAUGUCAAUGUGUUUAUCACGCUUAGAGUUUUCACAGUUCUUGAUCAUAGAUAUGGCACUAAUAUUGUCUAAGUUCAAAGUCACUGGUCCACACUUAUUUGUUAAGUCACUUAACACACCUCUCAAAUUAACAAGUUCUUGUGCUGCAAGUCCUGCGGAAAUAUAUUCUGCCUCCAUUGAUGAUAAUGCAACACAAUUUUGUUUUCGUGAGUGCCAUGCAAUUGGGUUUUUGCCAUGGAAACAUACAAAACCACUAACACUCUUGCGAGUUAAAUGGUCGCCUCCCCAAUCAGUGUCACAUACACCUGUAAGUUUUUGGUCUGGCUAGAUGAAUGUUAGUCCAAGGUCAAUAGUGCAACUCAGAUAACGAAGAAUCCUCUUCGCUGCAUUCCAUACACACAUAUUUGGUGUGUCCAAAAAUCGAGAUAAAUAUGAAACACUAUAUGCAAUAUCUGGUCUAGUUACCAAAGACAGAUACAUUAAACUACAUACCAAUCUUUUAUAUGGAACACUAUCUACCUCUGUCAUAGUCAUGUCCACUUGAAAAUUUACUUCCAUUGGCGUUGCUACUGGUCGAGUUUCCCCCAUGCCAAAUUCUUCUAAAAGUCUGGUAAUCAUUCUCUUUUGGGUAAUUUGGAUGUCAUUGUUGUUCCUCUUCAAGUCCAUGCCAAGAAAUGUCUUAACUUCUGACAUUGUUUUAACCUUAACUCCUCGAAUAAACUCCUGCUGAGUUUCUUCACCUGAUCUUCGGGUCCAGUAUUAAGAGCAUCAUCGACAAAUAGUGCUAGCAACAUAUUGCCAUUCACAUAUAAACAGUAGUCAUAUUGGGAUCUUCGAAAAUUUAAACUAGUCAUAACUUGGUUAAAUUUCUUGUUCCAACAUUUGGGUGCAUUUCGUAGUCCAUAUAAAGCACGUUUUAAUUUUAAAUACCUAGACUUCGUUUUCAAACCGUCUGGUGCUUUUAUGUACACAUCAUUGUCUAAAAUUCCAUUUAGAAAUGCAGCAGGAACGUCAAUUUGGUGCAGUUUCCAAUUAUUCUGCAAAGAUACUGAAAUUAGUAGUCUUAGUAGCCAAUCUGCAUACCGGUGAGUAACUGAAGUUGUCAUUUUCGGUAUAAGGUACUUGAAAACCUCUUGCAACCAACCUGGCUUUCCUUGUACCAUCUUCUUUCACUUUGAAUAUCCACUUUGUGUCUAUAGCUUUAUGACCUUCAGGAAGUUCUGUUGGAAUCCAUGUUUGAGAAUUUUCAUGAGCUCGUAUUUCCUUUUCUAUGGCUUCCCUCCAGUCUGCAGUUUUACAAACUUCUUCAUAUACAUUGUAGAUUUCAUAGUCACUUAGUGUUCUUGGUCUUUCCAGUAUUCUUCUAUGUCUUGUUAUUGUCAUAUUGUGUAUUGGUAAACAUUCAUCAUGUUCAUCACUACUUAAGCUAUCUACUCUUUCUUGUAACUCACCAUCCCUUUGAAAUUGUUCUUCAUCCUGGGUGUCAUCUAUUUUAUUUAGUUCCCUGUUUUCUCUCUUUUCUAUAUCCUCUUCUUGAUCAGGUAAGUAUACUGCAUUUUUUCUUACUUGUGUUGACUCUUCUGUAUCUUUCUUCUCAUAGCUAAUUUUAUACUCCAUUAUACUUUCAUCAAAUCUUACAUCUCUGGAUUUUAUUGUUUUCUGCUCCUGUGGUAACCACAAUCUGUAACCGCCACCACAAUAUCCAACCAUGACCGCCUUCCUUGCCUUAGCGUCUAACUUAUUACUCUUUGGUAAGAUGGUAUACCAGGCGCGACAACCAAAAAUCCUGAGCUUCCUUAGGUCAUUUCGCCCAUGUCAAAUUGUGGAGGGUGUUACUCCCCUAGGUAGAGCUCUAGUUGAAAUUCGAUUUAAUUCAUAUACCGAACAUUUUAAAGCCUCAUCCCAUAGUGAUUUUGGGAUAACCGAAUCAAUUAUCUUGGUUCUGACUUUAUCCAGUAAAAUACUAUUCAUGCGUUCUGCUUUCCCACCCUCUUGGGGUGUAAAUGCCAUGCUAUGGUAUAUACCAGUGUGAUACCUUUUUGUUUACAAAAAUUUCUAAAACUACUGGAAAGAAAUUCACCUCCAUUAUCUAGUCUAAAUGCUUUAACCUUGACUUGAUUUUGUGUUUCAAGAUCUCGAAGUUACUGUACCAGAUUUUCACUAGCUUCACCUUUGGUUUUUGAAAUUCUGAUUUUGAAGAAAUGAGAAUAAUCAUCUAAUAUAGUUUGGAAGUACUUACUACCAUCUUUAGUUUGUGGAUUGAUUGGUCCGCAGACAUCACUAUGCACUAAAUCUCCUAUAGCUGUGGUUGUCCUUUUACUUCUCUCAAACGGACACCUUGUUGCCUUGCCCUCCAUACAACUGCUGCAUACCUGAUUAGAUUUUGAUAAACCCUACUGCACAAGUGAGUCACCACCUGCAUGUCGUAACCUUCUAUGCCAUAGGUCCUCCACUAAAAUGUGACUCUGGUGAGGCAACGGUUCUAUUAUCUUGUUCAUUGGUAACACAUAUAGUCCAUUUUUGUUUUCACACUUCAACACAAAAUUUCUACCAUUUAUGGUGGUGCCUUCUCGUUGGACUACAAUCUUGUGCCCCCUUGUAGUUAGCUUUGAGGCUGAUAACAAAUUGUGCUUCAUACCUGGAACAAUGAGUGCUUCAACUGACAAUUUGACCCCUUGACACUCUGCUUUUAACACUCCUGUCUUGUUGGACCUUACCAUAAUUUGGUAGCUCCUGCACACUAUGCAUUUUUCCGUCCAAUUCCUCUUGUACAAAAUGAUUGCUUGCUCCUGAGUCCAAUACGAAAUUCAUACCUUCGAUGUGAUUUCCGUAGUUUGCUGCAUACAGAAUUACGUCUUCUUCGGCUGUGUUGGCUUUCUGAUUUCUAUCUCCCGACGUUUGUACACUUCCUUUUCCUCUAUCAACACGUGGGUUACCUCUGAAUCCUCUAUGUUGCCUGCCUCUAAAGUUCCCUUUUUCUCGUGGUCACUGCGCUUGAAAAUGUUGGGGACUACCGCACGCCGAAACAUUUCUUGCCACUUACACUCAAGCCUAUUUCGCUGUCUUCAUUGCUACAAUUAGCUUUUGAUUUCAUUUUUAUUUCUUCGUCCAAUAACCUCGCUUUAACAAAAUCAUAUUUUACAUCUGAAAUUGUCUCCAAAGCUGUUACAACUGUAUCAUAUUGUACUGGCAGUGACAAUAGUAAAUGGCAAACUUUAUCACUCUGACUUAGGUCUGAUCCAUGCUCUUUAAGCUCCCUGAUAAUUGUAUCAAAUUUUAGGAAAUGGUCUUCAAGCCUUUCAUUUGCGGUCGUUUUUAGAUUUAACAGUUUUCUCCAACAGGAUAAUCUUGUAAAAGAGCUAGACCUUACAAAAACAUUUUUCAAUGCCUCAAUUUGCGCCUUUGCACUUUUGCAAUCUUUAAUAAUAUCCAAGUGUUUGUCCGACACACCUUGAACUAUUCUUGACUGUGCUUUAUAAUCCUUUUUCUCCCAUUCCUCCUUUUCAUUCGAAGUAGCACUUUCUCCUGGUUUAUUACCUUGGAUGGCCUCCUGGCAGUUUUCCCUUCGAAGCAAAGUUACCAUUCUGAAUUGCCAAUUAUUAAAAUUGUUUGCUUCUAAAAUUGGCACUGUAUUGCUGUGUAUUCCAGCCAUAAUUUAAUAAUCUAUAUGUUGUGCGUUCACACAGUUUUAUAUUGCCAAAAUUUGGUUUUUCAUUGACUCUUGACCUGCUCUUUUCUUUUCAUUUAUUAAAGCACUGCUCAAAACCAUGUUUUUCUGCAAAUGGAUAAGCUAGGUGUUGCACAUCCUUGUAUGCAAAGCCAAAAAAUCUUGUUCCCAUUAGUUUCAAAUAAUUUUCAAGUUGUCUUCCUAUUUCUAAAUGGAAAUCUUCCUAACUCUUUUCUAUUAGGUUCUAGAAUUUUAUUUUUCUUGAACGCAUACAAUCGUAAUAUGGCUUGAGGAACUGCGAAUGUUUUAGCCGGCCUUACCAUCCAUAAUUCGCUUUAGUUCUGAAGUUUACAAGACCUUUUACAAUUGCGUGGCAUUGUUUACAUUUGUUACAUAUUAUGUCAUCUCAUUUUGUCCAUAAUUCAAAAUAAAUAUUUAUUUUAAAUUAAAAAGGACAUACACGAUUACCAAUUUCAAAUGUAUAUGUUUUUAAAUUUGUGGCGCGACUUUAAACACUAUGUCGUUUUACCCGUAUUUGUCAUUUUUUACGUAUUUCCCUUAUAUGGCUUCGUAAAGUUCUCCUUGGAAUUUCAAACUCAGUGCUCGUUUUCCUCACGGCCAUACCAUUUCGAAUUGCUUCCAUAACUUCUGUUAAACGUUCUUCGGACCAUAAAGCCCUGCUUUCUUGGCAUUAUAGUUUAUCUAAAAUAAACAAAACUAAAUCUAAAUCACAACUUUUGUUUCAAACAAGGCCCGAGGUUUAUAGGUUGGGUCCCAAACAUUUAAGGUUUUGGUUGUGAUUUGCGUCGUAUGCGCUUCAGCAUCAUCGAAAGAGAAGACGCAGAAAAUCUUGAAUUCAAAAUAACGUCUCGGAAAAAUUAGGUUAUAAUCCUUCCAUAACCAAUAAAGGUGAGAUGUCAUGAGAGGGGCAAAAAGUGGAAGGCUUUAAAUGUUUGACUGCGGUUAAAAGUUACAGAUUUAACAAUGUGUGAGCUUGCUGUAUUAUAAUUACGCAGAAACAAACAAGUAUUUGGUUAGUUUCUGUUGGACUGGAGAAAAACAUUUAAAGUGUUUCAGAAGGUACAGCAUGUAGAACAACUUUGGUUAGUUUUGUUUAGUUUUGGGGAAUUCCGGAAUGCGCGUCAUAUCUGGUGUUUCGUAGAAUAGGUUUAUUAUUAAGGUGACGACCAAAAAUCAUGUCUAAGUCAAAGAUCUGUUAAUUAUUGAUGAAUAAAUAUUUAUAUUAUUCUUA